AUGUUCGUAAAGAAAAGCGAUGGAACCCUUCGACUUUGUGUUGAUUAUCGAGGCCUAAAUGCGAUUACAAUCAAAAAUCAAUAUCCAUUACCAUUGUUAAAGGAAACCCUGGCUAAGCUGUCAAGAGCAAAAUACUAUACCAAGUUGGAUUUAUGUUGGGGAUAUAAUCAAAUCAGGAUAGCGGAGGGAGAUGAAUGGAAGACGGCAUUCCGGACUCGAUAUGGACAUUUCGAAUAUACAGUGAUGCCGUUUGGAUUAGUUAAUGCCCCUGCUACAUUCCAAGAUUGGAUCAAUGAUAUUUUACGUCCCUAUCUCGACCAAUUCGUAACGGCAUACUUAGACGAUAUCCUUAUUUAUUCUGAGACUCUAUCAGAACAUAAAGAACACAUUCAAAAGGUUCCAAAGGUACUUGAUGAGAAUCAUGUUCACCUUAAACCUGAAAAAUGUGAAUUUAUGGUUCAAGAGACGAAAUAUCUUGGUUUAAUUCUUACCCCGAAUGGGAAUAGAAUGGACCCAAAGAAAGUCAUCGAUGUUUUGGAAUGGUCCACACCCACGAAUCUUCAUGAUGUUCAAGUAUUUCUAGGAUUUGCAAAUUUCUAUCGACGGUUUAUUCUAGGAUAUUCGAAAAUUGUUGCUCCACUUACAGCCUUGACCAAGAAAAAUGUUAAAUUCGAAUGGACGGAUGAUAGGGAGGAAGCAUUUCAAACUUUAAAAAAGAUGUUUACAACGGCGCCAAUCCUAACUCAUUUUAAUCCAGAUCGAAGAAUUGUGAUAGAAACCGAUGCAUCUGAUUAUGUUUCAGCAGGAAUCCUAUCUCAACGUGAUGACGAAGGAAUCCUACAUCCAGUCGCUUUCUUCUCCAAGAAACAUUCUCCUGCAGAAUGCAACUAUGAAAUCUAUGACAAAGAACUUUUAGCAAUCAUAUGA